AUGGCAAGAGGAGCAGAAGAAGAGACAGUGGCAUGGAGAUACUUUUACAGAGAUGUUGUGCCAUUUGCUGCGAUGGUCUUAGUGGAGUGUGUCACGGUUGGAUCUAACACACUGUUCAAGGCUGCAACCUUGAGAGGAUUGAGCUUCUAUGUCUUUGUCUUCUACACUUAUGUUGUUGGUACACUUGUCCUUCUUCCUCUUUCCCUCAUCUUUAAAAGGUCAACAAGAUUACCGCCAGCCAAAUUUCCUCUCUUCUUCAAGAUUUUCUUACUUGCGUUUCUGGGGUUCGUGGUGGGGAUGAUUGGUGCUAAAGGAAUAGAAUAUAGUUCUCCUACUCUUUCCUCUGCUAUCAGCAACCUCACACCAGCUUUCACCUUCACGCUUGCCGUUAUCUUCAGGAUGGAACAAAUAGUGUUAAGGAGCUCUUCGACUCAGGCUAAAAUCAUUGGCACAUUAGUAUCUAUAUCUGGUGCUCUGGUUGUUGUUCUCUAUAAAGGCCCAAAAGUUCUCGCUGCUGCAUCUCUUACAUCUUCAUCAUCUACCAUUCCUCUUUACCAGCACUUGACUUCGUUCGAUGCAAGCUGGAUUAUCGGAGGGCUUUUGCUCGCUAUACAGUAUUUUCUUAUUUCAGUCUGGUUUAUUCUUCAGACUCAGGUCAUGGAGGUAUACCCUGAAGAACUAACUGUAGUAUUCUUGUACAACGUAUGCGGAACACUAAUCUCAGCACCAGUAUGUCUAUAUUUGGAAAAAGACUUGACUUCUUUUCUUCUCAAACCUGAUAUCUCCCUUGCUGCAGUCUUGUACUCGGGAGGCUUACUUUCAUCAUUUGGCUUAGCUAUACAUUCAUGGGGUCUGCAUCUGAAGGGUCCAGUCUACAUAUCCUUGUUCAAGCCAUUGUCUAUUGUCAUUGCAGUCGCUAUGGGUGCUAUGUUCCUCGGCGAUGCACUUUACCUUGGGAGUGUCAUCGGAUCAGUGAUUUUGAGCUUAGGAUUCUACACUGUGAUUUGGGGCAAAGCAAGAGAGGACUCAACCAAAACUAUGGCUGGUUCUGAGCAUUCACCUUUGUUGGUUACACAGUCACAAACCAUAGAAGAUGAAGCCUCAUCAUUAAGAUAUGACUGA